AUGGAAACCGAUUCGGCGGUGGCGCGUCCGUCGUUUGGGGAAUACCGCGCACGUGCGCCGUUCUUGGAAGUGGCGCGGCGCGGGGAGAAAUUUCACAAGCGCUAUGUGGGUCAAGACGGGCGGACUCGAAGUUUUCGCCUCGCAAAGGUUAGCAACGCGGCCGCAGACAAGUCCGGUUGGUGUGUUGCACAAUUGUUACACUCGUUCAGAUCAGAUCCC